ACACACACACACACACACACACACACACACACACACACACACGGUCAGAGGGAGGAGGAAGGCGGAUCUCUAAGUCCAGACUCCAGGACUUCCUCAGCAGAGCGGAGCCCGCGGCGCAAUCAUGGAUGAUUCUUCUCCUCGUCCUGUUCACUCCAUGUUUGCGUGGCUGGUGGGAGCGUCGCAGGUGCUGGGCUUGGCGUCUGUGGUGCUGACCGGUGUGUGGAUGGGUCACUACCGCGGGGGCUUCGCUUGGAAUGGCUCAGCGCAGGAGUUCAACCUGCACCCUCUGUGCAUGGUGCUUGGGCUGGUCUUCCUGCACGGCGAUGCCAUCCUGGUCUACAGAGUAUUUCGUAAUGAGGCGAAGAGGAACGUAAAAGUGCUUCAUGGCAUCAUUCACCUGCUCGCCCUCAUCAUCAGCAUCAUAGGUUUUGCAGCUGUGUUUGACUUCCACAAAGCAGCAAAGAUCCCAGACAUGUACUCUCUACACAGCUGGUGCGGCAUGGCUACCAUAGUCCUGUUCUGCUUACAGUGGGUGAUGGGUUUGCUGUUCUUCCUGUUUCCGGUCGCAUCGUCAGGGCUACGGGCCUCGUACCUCCCCAUCCAUGUGUUCUGUGGUCUGGUGCUGCUGGUUAUGGCCAUAGGGACCAGUCUGCUCGGCAUCACGGAGAAACUCCUCUUCAGCAUCAUGCCGACCUACUCCCUGUUCAAUCCAGAGGGGAUGCUGGCCAACGUUUUGGGGAUCCUGCUGGUGUGUUUUGGGGUGCUGCUGGGCUACUUGAUCACCAGGGAAGACUACAGACGCCCGCCCAACCCAGAGGAAGAGUCUCUGUCUGUCCACUUCAAGACCCUGAUUGAGGGGGGGUCACCCACCAGGCCCUGACCUCUAGUCUGUAACCUCCGCUUCACUUGGAUACAAGCAGUUUUGUGCCUACAGACUGUCUAUGCUACCAGUCUUUUAAUGCCUAGUUAAAGAGUCAUCAGUUCAAACACAAAUUGCCAUGAGCGUGGUCAGACAAGACAAAAGUUUAUGUUUCGGCGAAGUCACUAAACUGACAGGAAGCUUAAAAGUGUUUCUCUCUCUCCUGUCUCUUCAAUCAACUUCCAACCAAAAUGAUUUAUGUCUUUUAUUGCGAUAAUUAAUAGGAAAAAAAUAGUAAAUGUAAAUGUUAACUGCAGUAAAAGAAAAAUAUUAUCACACCCAAUCAGAUUCUUUUUAUGCAGUGUAUAGAAAAUUAACAAGACUUCUGAUUGUUGUAUGGCUUCAAAUAGGAACACAAGAAGCCCAAGGUAACCAAUCACAGCUGUCGUCACAUGGCAUCUCCAUAGCCGCUGUGGUGUUGACAUGUCAUGACUUUUUUUGAGUGGGCAAACGUCACCUACGGUAUAUCUACAGCAGCUGUGUGCGAAAUUAAUGCUAAUGUAUAACUGCACUUACGUGUAUCUCAGACAGCUCAGAAACUGUUUGUCCUGGAGUAACUGGAUUUACAAAUGUAUUCCUACAGUAUCUAUGACUUCUGCAAGUCAACUGAGACCCAAACCCAGGCCUUACUCCUAAAUUUAACAGUCGGCUGAACAUGACUUGUAUUACCAAAUGUGAGAUCCAAACUUAACCUGGCACUGGGAGAGACUGACGGCCAUUUCUCAAUAAAUUACAUUUGAACAGAGACCAAAGCAUUACACAACAGAAAAGGUUUGAACCCAACCCAGAAUCUGAUGCUUUGUCUGGAGCCAUCUGGUCAGGUAGCAGAACUCUGUCUCUCACUAAUGUAGUAGUGUAGUCCUGCAUAGUGACCAGAUGUUACCGCUAGAGCAGUGGUUCCCAAACUUUUCCAACUCAUGGCCAAUGUCAAAAUCUCAAAACUGUCCACAUACGACCCCAAAACAAUACUUUUUGGUUGACGGGGGGUUUCGCCAUCUGUGUCUUGACUCUCUUUCCUUUUAAUUCUUUCUGUUGCUAACCGACUACCCAUUGUGAUUCUCCACUUUUUGCCAUGGAUGUAAUCUUUUAGUGUGCAAUCAGACUGAGAUAGCAAACAAGUAUAGUAAGUGGUCCAGCUUGUGACAACAUUAGAGUUUUUCAACUUUAUAUUUUUAAUUAUAUAUAUAUCUCUUCACCAAAAUUGGACUGUUAUGCUAAUGAGUUGUCAGCACACUUGCAAUACCUUUGCAGCCCACCAGUGGGUUGGGAGCCACUGCACUAGAGAUACCUGAUAUCAGGGCUGAUCUGAACAUUUUUAAUGGCUCUAUAUCAGCUAAAAUAAAACCCAUCAAAUUCUGAUGCUUUCUUUGCUGAACUCUGCUAUGUUCCUGUGCUACUGUUAUCUAGUCUUUCAUCUCUCUCUUAUCUCUCAUUAGCAGCGUACAAAACAUCCAGAUAGCAGCUUCUCAGUUUUAGCCUGCGCUAAGCGUCACUUUCUAAAAUUAAACAUCAUAUCAGCUGUCGCUAAUUAACGUCAAUUCUGUGAGUGACUUGAUGUUGUCAGGUUCAUGUGUCUGUACUCAGCCAAACAUCUGUAACACCACUGUCCAAUCAGAGUGGACCGAAUGUUUUUUAGUCCCAACAAAAUCAUUGGAGUGAUAUGACUUCUAUAGUAAAAUGAUCUAGCUGAUCACAGCAUUCUCCCUCUUUCACUUUCAUUCAUAUCAAAUCAAUAAUUAAAGCUUAUAAACUUAUAAAGAUGUGCCAAAUUUACUCUUCUAUACUUGUUAUUUGAAUAUCUUCUGCUGCUAUGUAUAUAAUUACUUUUACUGUGUAUAUUAAGCAUUUCUUUUGGCAGCUGUGUCAUUUUGAAUCAGAUUUGGUAUCAAUGCUUGAUCAGGACAUUAGUGCUCUUGGACAGUUUGAUUUUGUUGCACACCGAAAGUCAAACAGUGCGCCCACAUUUAACCUUCUCAUUGAUCUACGCAUUUCAUUUAGAACCACCCAUGUGCCCUCUUGAUUUCGUACAUUUGUUUUUUAUUCCUUAAGCAUGAUUACAAAUAAAUACAUAGACUAAAUAUUAAUACAUUUGUUUUUUUUUGAAGAGGACAAAACAAAAAUCUGUAAAAUCCACUCCUUUGCACAUCCAAUUGUAAAGCUACAGCUGGACCUGUGCCAAGUGAUCAUCCUUCAUCUUCAUUAAACUAAUAAAUCAUGCUGCCAAUAAUGACAAUAUUCAUAAUUUGUGAAAAUGACUCACACACUACAGCGCCACAAUAUCCACUGUCCUACAGUAUCUGUACCUGUCCGAGAUCCAAGUUGUAAGAAGCCAAGUCAGUACUAUUUGUCCACAAAGGAAUAAUGUAUUAACAAAAUGUUUUCCUGUGUCCACUAGUAAGCUGUUUGUAUUUAAAUGAACUGUCAUUUAAGAAAAAUAUAUCUGUUCAGUGUGUAUUAAUUCAUGUAUGUUCUUCAACUUUGGCUUGUUGAUACAUGUUUACCUUAAUAUGUUAAAUUCAUAUCUUUGAAUGUGUUGAACCAAAUUUAAAAAAAAAAAUGUAGCUACAGUAUUUUUUGCUUUUUGCCUUGACUUCAGGAAUCAGCCCCAGUGCCUAAUGCAAAGCUUUUACAGAAAACUGGCCAAUUUACGUUAGUGGGUGUUGUUUGUCUUUACGUACUUUCAGUAUAUAGACAUUGUCACUUUUCAGUAGCAAAUUUAAAUGUCAUUGGGACAACCUGAAAUGAAUAAAACAAUGUGUGUGAAACUGCUGCA